CUUUAGCCUCCAGCCGCUUCCAAACAGACUUUUCCACUCAGUCGGCCACGCGAAAAAACUCUGUGCUUGCUACCACGCGAUGAUCAGCGCUUCUUGAACGGGGGGGCCAGCCACAACACGAUAGCACCCUCAAAAGUUUCAAAGUAUCGUGUCGUAUCGCUCUGCGCUUGUGGUGGGCCUCUCUCCCGUCGGCUUUCUCCGCUCUCGGCGUGCGGCCCACUUCACAGAUCACCAUCAGCCUGGCCAACUAUUCGCUAAGUCCUCAGUAUGAAAGCGCCGACUAACGGCUACGACCGAGAUGAAACCCCGGCCGACCAGAGCAUUCCUUGUUCUAUUCGGUAAUUUCGCUCAAUGUCGUUGGAACUACUUCCAGUCAGCCUCAAACGUCGCCGGGCGGGUCUUUUCCCAGACAGUUUGUCUCCUGUCGUUUCAUUCUCACGUUGCAGAGGAU